AUGGUGUACGAUGGCAAACCGAGUAAAGGCUGCGGUAACUGCCGCUCGCGUAAGAUCCGGUGCGACCAAGCGCGCCCCGCGUGCUGGGAAUGUACUCGAACUAACCGGGAAUGCUCGGGAUAUCGCGAUGAGCUGGCUUUGAUGUUCCGCGACCAAAGCGACUCCGUCAUACGCAAGGCGCGCUCUCAGUCUACUGCCUCUACGAUCAGAGCCUCCAGGAGCUGUGGGAACUGCAGGGCUGUCAAGCGACGCGUAGGUUCCACUCUGAAUUUCCUUUCUUUGGCUUGCCCUCGAUAUUUACUGGAGGCCAUUGCUCAUUCUGCCCUGUCUUCUUCACAGUGCGACCAGCAGUCUCCUCAUUGUGGACAAUGUGUUCGAAUGCGUCAAUCCUGCCCUGGGUACCGUGACGAAUGGGACCUCGUCUUCCGCGAUCAGACUCACCAUACAAUUCAGCGAUCCAAGGAAAAAGAGAGCAACCACGACGUCCCGCCCCCUCGCACGUUGAGCCCCAGCGCCGACGAGAUAGGUGUUAAUUAUUUUCUCUGUAAUUUUGUCAGCCAUUCCUCUUUGCGUGGAUGUCUUAAUUACAUUCCCUCUGUUUACCACAACGAUGGGGAGAACCCGACUUUGGUGGCUAGCAUGGCGGCCGUAGGUCUCGUGGCACUGGCCAAUUUGACUCAACAACCCGAGCUGGCAAAUCUCGCGCGCACCAAAUACAUGGAGGCCAUCUGCAAUGUGAAUACCGCGUUGUCAUCACCGGUCGAGUCCAUCAAGGACAGCACCCUGAUGUCGGUGAUCUCGUUGGGAGUAUUUGAGCACGUCUCUGAGUACAAGUCGUGGGCUCGACAUGUUCAGGGCGCUGCAGCAUUGGUAGUUGCCCGGGGCAAGAGCCAAUUUACCAGCCCGGCAACAAUCCUCAUGUUUAAUCAAGUUCGCGCGGAUCUGGUGCUUGACUGUGUUCAUAGUGCGAAACCCUUUCCACAGAACAUGAUUGAGUUGCAAGAAGAGGCAGCCAAGCACACGGACGUCUCGGGUGCAUUCUGGCUCCUGGGCGUGUUAGGCACGCGCUGCGCAAAUCUUCUGAUGGGCGUGAGGGAGAAUACGGGGGAAAUCCCGUGGCCUGAAUACCUGGAACAAGCGAGUUUGUUGGAGCGGGAAUUUCAAUCUCUCCUUAUGCUCCUCGCCAUACAGGAGCCCUAUGAAAUCACCCUGGACUCUGGUGGGGCGUCAAAAUUAAUUCAUAACGGGCGGGUUGAUCUCUAUAGGGAUCCUUGGGCAAUCCGAGUCUGGAACAACCUGAGGAAUCUUCACAUGAUUGUCUGUGAGAUUUCGUUAUAUCUUCUGAACAAGAUUCUCGUCACUGAUCUUACCCUAAUAACGACCGCCCAGGAGUCUCUGAAGCUGAAGCUCCAACUGAUAAUGCAAACCCUGUCAAGGCUGGGAGACGAUAUUCUAGCUACCAUCCCACAGGCUCUGGAGUUUUUAUCCUCGUCUUCUGAACAUUCUCCCUCCGUCGAUAUCUCUUUUCGUGGUAGUGUGUCAGGCGGGUAUAUCCUCACCUGGUGUUUGUACAUGGUAGGAAAAUGCCCGGCUACCAAAGGUGAAACUCGAAAGUGGAUUAUCCAACGUCUCCAAGACUUGGGUCAGAACAUGGGGAUCUCAAUUGCGCUGCGCCUGGUUGAAGAUAUAGUAAAGAUAGACCAAUCUGCCGGCUGA